AUGAACAAAAGAACAAAUGUGGAUGCUUCAAAGGAAGACUUGCCGGCUGACCUCCAGAGUAGGGAAGGGGUCCCACCUAAUAGGAAGAACACCAAGACUUCCCCAAGAGGAGAAGGAAUGGCUCCCCCAUUCUCAGCGAGGCCAUGUGUCCGGACCCUGUGUGAGAUGCUUUCUAUACUAGCCCUUGUUGGGGUGUUGCACCCAUUUUACAGAUCAAACAACCAAGGUUCUCAGAAAUUAAAGACUCAUUUAAGAUGCCAAAGCUCACGAGUGGAUGGCUUGAUGCUGAAGCCAACAUUUUUAACACCGUCUCAGCUCAAAAGCCCUGAAGGCCACUUAAUUCUGCCAACCUUCAACCAUCUUGUCAUAAGACACAUCCUUGACCCAAAGCAGAUAUUCUGUGUAGCUGAUGUGCGUACAGAUUGCAAAUUCAAUUGCGGAAGCAUAGAGAGGCAUCCGAAGAGGCAUCUUAUGAGAGUCAGCCAGGACUGGUAA